AUGUCGAGUCUGCAGCUACUGGUUCUGCUCGUGACUGUCGUGCUCUCGCCCGUACAAGCUUGCACAAUGAUCGCUGUAGGGCGCAAUGCAACAGCGGACGGCUCAACGCUAGUGGCCCACACGGACGAUGCCGGCUUCGGUGCUGCUGACCUCCGGAUGGUGCGUGUCCCUGCCCAGGACUUUGACGAAACAGCCGUUCGACACGUGUACAACUUCCAGCCAGGUUACCCGCGUCUCGUGACGACUGGGAGAGGACCGGAGUACGCGCCAAAGAACGAGCACGAGCAGCUCAUGACGCCGCUGGGUCAGAUCCCUCAGGUGUCGCACACGUACGGCUACUUUGACCAGGACUAUGGGUUCAUGAACGAGGUGCAGCUCAGUAUCGGGGAGAGCACUAGUGGCGCCAAGACGGCAGGCUGGCCAACGGACGCAGGUCCACAUGGGUACAACAUGUUUGGAAUUGGAGAGCUCACGAAAGUAGCACUCGAGCGGUGCGACUCGGCUCGGUGUGCUAUUAAGACUAUGGGUGACUUGGCGGUCAAGUACGGUUUCUACAGUGAAGACAGCGGCGACCCAGCGAAUCCGGGAUACGUGAGUGCAGCAGAGACGCUUGGGCUGGCGGAUCGGUAUGGAGAAGUGUGGGUCUUCCACGUGCUCACGGGUCCGCAGAACGCGAGUGCUGUUUGGGCGGCACAGCGUGUGCUUGAUACGCAUGUGGUCGUUGUGGCGAAUGGCUUUGUGAUCCGUGAGAUGGACCUCGAUGAUCCAGAGCACUUCUUGGCGUCCGACAAUGUGCACUCUUUUGCAACAGAAAUGGGAUGGUGGAAGCCAGAGGAAGACGAGUUUGAUUUCACCGCUGUGUACGGUGCUUCAACGCCAAACCCAGUGCGCGCAUUGUAUAUGGGGCGUCGUAUGUGGCGCGUCUUUGAUCUCGUUGCGCCGUCCUUGCAGCUUGAUCCUCGCCUCGGGCAUUACCCAGAGUACCCGACGUACCCGUUUUCAGUCAAACCGGAUCGACGCCUUGAUGUCGCAGACGUGACAGGAUUACUGCGCGACUACUUUCAAGACACGCCGUACGACCUGUCCAAGGGUCUUGCUGCAGGACCGUUUGGAAUGCCCAUGCGUUGGGAUGGCAACGAAAAAGGGGUCGUCGGUGGAUGGGAACGACCCAUUUCCAUGUACCGCACCGUCUACAGUUUCGUGCUGCAAGCGCGUGCUCACCUACCUGAUGCGAUUGGUGGCGUCGCUUGGUACGGCCAGAGCUCCCCACAUGCUUCGGUCUAUGUUCCAUUUUCAUGUGCGCAGCGAGAGGUGCCUUCUGCGUACGUCAUUGGGAAGGAAAGCGAGUUUACCCCUGGUUCUGCAUGGUGGGCCUUCAGCUUCGUGAACAACUGGAGCAUGAUUCGGUUUGACGCGAUCAGCAAGGACAUCCGAGCUCACAUCGCUGACCUGCAAAACUGGUGCUUUACUGAGCGGAAGACGAUGGAACAUCACGUCACUACUCAUGCCGACUCUUUGACGGCAUCUGAAGUGCGCAUGUACUUGCAGGAGCGAUCGAAUCGAUUGGCUUCCAACGUCGUGGACAAAUGGUGGGCUUUUGCGUGGAAGCUUGUCGGUAAAUUCACCGACGGCUACAUCACCACUGGUGAAGCACCAGAAGAAAUGGAGAUGCCCGGAUAUCCAGCGUGGUGGCUCAAGCUCACCGUCUUCUCCAAGUGGCCAGGUAACACGCUCAAGCUACCACGUGUCCAGUCGCUAAAGAAACAGCGUGAGCUGUUUGACAGUCGCCAGAAUGCGAGUGUCAGCGUCGUGUUGCAACAAUCUGCAGGAGCACCGUCAAGUACCGUCUCGAUUACUCAGAUUGCUAUUGGCGCUGUGGUCGGGAUAUUCGUAGGUGCAUUUGCUACUUGGUUGAUUGCCGUACGCCAGGGUCGAUCUGCAUAUCGACCCAUCGAUUAG